UGUAGUUGGAUUUUUCGCCGAGUCCUCGCUAGUCAGCAACACUUCGCGCGCUGUUUUCAGUGAUCGUGUUCGUCGAGUUAUUAAGAAGCGCACAUAAUACGUACAUAAACGAUUUUUUUUUUUUUUUUACGUACUGGAUUUUCGCAGAUUAAAUCAUAUCUACGGAGUUGAGUGUUUAACCACAAUAAAUAAUAUUUUAAAACCUCUUCGGUGUUCGACAUUAUUAUUAUUAUUAUUAUUUAUUUUAUGAUUACCUAUCUAUCUGACGGAACUGUGAAAUUGUUUUGUGUUUGUGCAUGUUUGUAGUUGUUUAUUUUUAUUUUUACCGUAUGGAACAAUAAUCAAAUAUAGAUUCAAAAUAAGAACUUGUUUAGCCAAGGUCAGCUACGUUAAUGUAACCGUACCCUCAUAUUAAACGUCAAGUUAUCCAUCAAUUUUCACACAAAAAAAAAAUUAAAUUGCUUACACCCACAUAAACGCUCAGCAGGUGCAGUUCAGUGCUAAUUAAGCCAGGACGAACAAAUGUGAAACCAUAUUUUGUGUUUUAUAUGCGUGGAUUUGAAAACUUGAUACCAUUGCACAGGGGUUCUUCAAUAAGCUAUACGUUGGCAAAUAAUUGUGUGCCAAGAGGACUCUAUGUGGCAACACGUACUGAACAUAAGAUGACCAAAUGCGUGGACAAUGCCCGGUGGCCAGCCAGUGCAGCUGAUCGUCAUGGUGUUGGUGUAUUGUGGAACAAUAUUUGCAGAUUGGGCCGAUUGUCCAACUCCUUGUCAAUGCAAAUGGAGUUCGGGGAAAAAAACAGCAUUAUGCAAAGAUGCCGAUUUUACCGAUAUACCUUUAUCGCUAAAUCCAGACAUGCAGGUACUUGAUCUGAGCUCUAAUAACAUACGCCAUUUACCGGAAGACGCAUUUAAAAAAGUAGGACUCCUUAAUCUGCAACGAGUAUUUUUACGUGGUUGCGGAAUUCGGAAUGUCCAUAAAGACGCGUUCAGAGAACUGAAAAUACUUAUAGAACUAGAUCUUAGUGAUAACUUGAUUGAUUCAUUGCACCAAGAGACAUUUCUGGGAAAUGAACGACUUCGCGUACUCUAUUUAAAUGGAAACCCAUUAACUGAAAUUAAAGAAGUUCAAUUUCCCGUAUUACAGCAUCUUCGAACAUUAGAAUUACAGCAUUGUCAAAUUAAGCGAAUUCAUAGAGAUGCUUUCUUGCACUUGUCCUCGUUGGAGUCAUUAAAUUUAAACGGAAACCUAUUAAAGUGGUUAUCAGAAACUGUAUUUUUGCCAAUAUCAAAAUUAAAAACAUUAUCUUUAGAUGGAAACCCAUGGGUAUGUGAUUGCCAUCUAAGAAGUUUUCGAAACUGGUUUGUUUCGUCAAAUUUAUAUUCACACCCGUUGUCUUGUAUUGAACCGAAUAUAUUGUCGGGUAGUCGGUGGGAGAAUAUCAAACCACUAGAGUUUGCAUGUCCCCCAGAAGUCAAGAUUGACAGAAACAGUGUGCUAGAAGAUGCUGGUAAUAUUACUUUUACAUGUAAAGUGACCGGAGAUCCUGAGCCAGAAGUCAGCUGGUAUUUCAAUGGACACAAUAUUGACAACUAUACUGAUCGAAUGGAUGAAAAUCGUACGUGGCUAGAUAAAAAUCGAAUGUGGAGUGCCCUUCACAUAUUCAAUGUUUCAGAUGUAGUGGCUGGCGAAUUUACAUGUGAAGCUCGAAACUCACGUGGACAAAUGUCAGCCAAUGUAUCCUUAGCUUUACCAGAAGUAGCAGUUGCUACUACACUAAGUAAAUCUAAAUCUAUGUACUUGGUUAUAAUUUGCGUAGCCGCUAGUGCAACGGUUUUAUUAUUUUUGAUAGGCUUCACAUGUUGUGUAUGUCAAGUGAAGAAAUCUGGAGGACGGCGCGAUAGUAAGACUAAUUUUAAAGGCAGUACUAGCUUCAGCGAUGCAGACAAACGGCUACUCGACGCAAGCAUAUCGACUACACAAGCUGGGAGCUGUGAAAUGCUCGGCGGCUCUUCUUGCCAAGACCUGGAGCUCAUGGAACAGUCAUUACAAAAUAUCCCAUUGGCCUCUGUUUGCGAUCAACAACCGGUUCACAUAACUAUCGAAAGUCAUGAUCCCAAUUCUAGUUUAUCACUGUACCCACCACCACCAGAAUUUUCCACUAGUAUUCUGCCAUCAGUCAGUGGUUUUGGAAAUAUAUUUAUUUCAGUAUCGGUGAGUCAAGAACCACCGGACCCUGAAUCUAGGUAUCCAGACUUACUUGACAUGAAACACAGACAAAAACAAAGCGUUAGUGUUGGCACCAGCUCAACUCAUCAUCUCCCACCAUCUUCGUCAUACUAUGCCACAAUGCCGAGGAAAAAACGAUUAAUAGAUCAUCAGUCCAUCAAAUCGGUAAUGCCACAUUACGAUAACAUGGGUCCGAGAAUCACAGCAACGGGAAGUUGUACGAACUUGUCAUCUCUUUCUAAUAGUGGCGAAUCUUCAGACGAUAUACCACCACCCCCACCACCACCUUUAUGCACUGGACACACUGACUACGUCGCUCUGUAAUUAAAAAGAUAUAAUUUACGUACUCGUGAAAAAAAUCAUUCUUCGAAGUAAUAAUAAAUACAUAUUUUAAAGAAUACAUAAUUAAUAUGUAGUAUUUCGAUAUUGUUUGAAAUAUUAAACACUAUAUUUACAAAAAAAAAAAAAAACCUAAAAAAAAAACCAUAAUUUAUGUAAAAUGUUGAAAACAAAAUUACAUUUGAAAGAAAUCUGCACAGACAAAGCUAAAUACAAUUUAAGAGAAGGUAUUGUUACUAUUGACAUUUAAACAGAACAUUGAAAGCUUAAGUCGUAUAAUCCGUCAUCAAUCACAUGGCAUUUAUUAUGGGGGCAGUAUUAUUAAUAAAAUAGUAUUAUAGGGGAAACCUGAAUACAAUAAAUAAUAAUAAGAAAUAGAACGAAAAAAAUAAUCAUUGUAUAAAUGAAAGUUUGGUCCUGUUACUAUUUGUUUGUUUGUUUGUUUAUGUUCUUUUUUUUUACGAAGUCAAUAGGUUAAACUUGACAAUCUAUAGUUUUAAUACUUAAAUGAUAAGUAUUUUAUGUUAAAAUGGGAGUCAAAAAUCUUAUUUUCUAAUUAAUCAUGGUUUUAUUAUCGCUUUCUAAAAAAAAAAAACAAAAAAAAACAAAAAAAAAAUAUAUUCAUUAAGAUACAUUUGUUUAUGAAAAUAUAUAAAUAUAUUGUAUUUAUGUUUAAUUAUAGUAUUAGAUUUUGAUUAAUUGUUGAGUUUAAAAUUAUUUAUAAAUAUAAAUUCCUGAAAUCUCAUUAAGUUAUCAACUUAAUUAAUAACUUUUAUGUGGUGAAUAUCAAUUAU